GUGAAGAAUUGUCGUCGAUUCAUUAAAACUUCUCGAACAAGUCGAUAGUAGGUUGUAAAUUUGCAACGUCACUCUGUAAUGCCCAUGGAUGCCGAAUGGUCCAUAGAUUGAUUCAUGAAACUAACCACGACGUGAUUCUCGCACGCCUUGUCCAGGUGCCUAUUCGGGAUUGUGCUCACGUGUUAUGUAAGCCAUGCUAGCCUGUCUUGGCUGCCCCUCCAAAAGGCACGAUGAUAUCAAGUGGGAUGGGCAUAACUUCAUCAAGAUAAUUUGCUUCAACAGUGUUCCCAAAUAUCCAGCCAUCUACACCUACAGAACUCUCUGAAAGCCUCCACACGCCCCUCUGGUCACCGCCGCGCAAUCGAUACCAACCGUAAACUCAGUGAUCCACUGACCGUCCCCCCAGAGUAGUACCAGCGAACAGUACCCCGCGAUCGCUCAAAGACGCGCCGACUCGGGGAGAACAUAUCAUCACAGCCUGUUGCACCAUGGCCAAGGACUCCUGGAUAGCCUUGGGCUGUGAGGGCUCAGCAAACAAGCUGGGGAUAGGCGUCAUCAGACACACUUCUUCAAACGAGACAACGAUCCUAUCAAACCUCCGGCACACCUUUGUCUCGCCGCCUGGGACAGGCUUCCUCCCCAAAGAUACAGCUGCCCACCACCGCGCACACUUCCCCCAGCUGGCUCUGCGCGCCCUCAAAGAAGCGGGUUGCUCCAUUGCCGAUGUGGACGUGAUCUGCUUCACCCAGGGCCCAGGUAUGGGCGCGCCGCUCAGCAGCGUCGCGGUCGCGGCACGCACGCUGAGCCUACUAUGGGACAAACCACUCGUGGGCGUGAACCACUGCGUAGGACACAUUGAGAUGGGCAGGACGAUUACGGGGGCGGACAACCCCGUGGUGCUGUACGUGUCGGGCGGUAAUUCACAGGUCAUUGCGUAUGCCGAGCAGCGGUACCGCAUCUUCGGCGAGACGCUGGACAUUGCCGUGGGGAAUUGCCUGGACCGGUUCGCGAGGACGCUCAAGAUCAGCAACGACCCCGCGCCAGGUUAUAAUAUCGAGCAGCUGGCGAAGAAGGGGAAUAUACUGCUGGAUCUGCCCUACACGGUCAAGGGCAUGGACUGCUCGUUCUCGGGGAUCUUGGCGAGCGCCGAUGCCUUGGCGGCUACGAUGGACAAGGGCGGCUUCACACCCGAGGAUCUCUGCUUCACGCUGCAGGAGACUGUCUUUGCCAUGCUGGUCGAGAUCACGGAGCGGGCGAUGGCGCACGUGGGGAGCAACCAGGUGCUCAUCGUGGGAGGCGUCGGCAGCAACGAGCGGCUGCAGCAGAUGAUGGGCGAGAUGGCCAGGGAGCGGGGCGGGAGUGUGUUUGCUACAGACGAGAGAUUCUGCAUCGACAAUGGUAUUAUGAUUGCGCAUGCUGGGCUGCUCGCGUACCGGACUGGCUACCGGACGGAGCUCAAGGAUACCAUGUGCACGCAACGUUUUAGAACAGACGAGGUAUUCGUCAAAUGGAGGGACUGAGUUCCCAUGAUUUCAAGAGUAUUGCUCGUCUCCUGUGCCCGCUCGUUUCUGC